AUUUGGAUUUUAAUUCCCGUCCAUCUCCCUCGAUGAGAAGACUCACGCAACUCUCUCUCUCGCCAUGUGCCAUUGAAAAUUUAAAUAUUCAGACAAAACUCAAAAAACUGGUUUUUCACACUAUACCUAGACAUACGUGUAUAUAUAUACAUAUAUAGACACUUGACUAAAUUUAGUGCAAAAAAAAAAUAAACGAUAAAAAUUUAAUAGAAAAAUAAAUAAAAAAAAAAAAGAAUUUAAAAUCCAGUACGAUGAAUAUCAAUUAGGUUUGACUAUAUAAAAGUGAUGUGUUUAUUAAUUUUGAGUUAUUUGCAAAAAAUCAGGCUCACAGCCGAAAAGGUAAUCCAUGUUUUCUGAGAAUUACCAUGAGAAGAUGGACUGGCACGAGGAUUAUGAUUUUUAUCCUCCAGAUUUGUUGGACCAUUAUCCAAGGAGAGUCGUAUGUCGGUAGCAGAGGAGAAAUGUCGAAAGAGACAAAAUUUACAAUGGAUUUGGAGAAUGAAAAAAAAAUUUUUGAUAUUACUUCAAUUUACUCUUGGACAGGACCAAAUGCGUUGGCAAGAUCGUCACUUAUUGAGAGACAGGAGAAUUUGCAAAAUAAUUGUGAAGAAUUGCCAGACAUUGACAAUCGGCGAAAAAUCAUGGGUCUCGGAGAAUUUUCCAAUAUUUUAGUCGAUGAAAAACAUAAACUUUUGUACUGUUAUGUUCCAAAAGUCGCUUGUACAAAUUGGAAACGUGUACUAAUGGUAAUAUCAGGCAAAUGGAAUGGAAAUGAUCCUAUUGAAAUACCCGCCGAUCAGGCACACGCCACGGGAAUAUUUCCCCGACUGAGUAAUUAUACAUUAGAUGAAAUUGAAAAUAAAAUAAUUAAUUACAAUAAAUUAAUAGUUGUUCGACAUCCAUUCGAAAGACUUUUAUCUGCAUUUAGAAAUAAACUUGAAGCAAAACAUGAGAAGAGUUCAAAAUAUUUUCAAGAGCGCUUCGGAAGAAAAAUAAUAAAGAAAUAUAGAGUAAACGCAACGAAGGAAUCGAUUAGUAAAGGCGAUGACGUGACUUUUCGUGAAUUUGUCGAUUUUAUAACGGAUACUAAAAAAAAUAUUAGUCAAAAUGAACAUUGGCGACCAUUUUCCGAUUUGUGCCAUCCAUGUAUAGUUAAUUACAAUCUUGUUAGUAAAUACGAGAGUCUCGUGGAGGAUGCAACAGAAAUUUUAGAAAGAAUUGGCGCUGAAUCAAUAACUUUUCCAGCGAGAUCAUCGAAAACUCAACCGACAUCGCAAAAACUAAAUGAAUAUUAUUCAACAUUAAGUUUUAAACAACUUCGAAAAUUGGCAAAUUUUUAUAAAACUGAUUUAAAGCUAUUUGAUUAUUCCCUCGAGGAAAUUGUCGGAUUUUCGAUAGCAUAAUUUAUAUAAUUUUCUUUCUCAAUACUUUACCUCAAUUGAUGUGAUAAUAUGCUCAAAAAAAAAGUAAAGCUUGAAUAAUUAUACUCGAAAUAUAUUUAAUGUAUCUAAAACUA